UCCGACCAAACACCAACGCCGCCGUCUCCCUCUCACGCAGCAGCCAACGGUAAAACAACGAUCCUCCAUCGCCGCUGCUGCUUCUCCUACGAACAGCACAACUAAACGACCCCUGAAGCCUUGCUCUCCGCGGAAAACAAACAACGACGACACCACUGGUCAGACCGUUUUACAAAUCCAUCUUGUCGUUCUGUUUGUGUGUAUCAGAUGAACAUGACAUGCUAUUGAUGUUUCUGCUGGGAAAUGGAAAAGGCAAAGCCAAAGGAAAUACUGAAGAAGGACAAGCAGUAGUCUGACUCAUUUGAAAUUCUUAUCAGAAGCUGUGGCCACUUCAACCAUUGUGAGUGUGAGCCAAAUAGGAGAAUAGGCUAGAAAAGGGAACUGAUGGCGGGUAGUGGUGGAAACCUUAGUUCCAAUCAAUCAUCUGUGUCUCAUCAAGCUCCCAAAAUCCUAUUAGCGAAACCUGGCCUUGUUACCGCUGGUAAAUUCAACCGCGGUGGACCUGACGAUGACUCUACAGCUCACCGCCCACGUCUUCCCUCCAUUGGAUCUCUUAAUCUUCUCUCUGACACCUGGGAUUUCCACACAGAUCGUUUUCUCCCGUUUCUGACGGAUAAUACGGACUUUACAGUAGUGGGUGUGAUUGGUCCUCCAGGGGUUGGGAAAUCGACGAUAAUGAACGAAAUAUAUGGUUUUGAUUCUAGCUCUCCCGGAACUCUUCCUCCAUUUGCCAUAGAAACAGAAGAAACAAGGGCUAUGGCGAAACAUUGUACGGUUGGCAUCGAACCACGGGUUUCAUCUGAACGGAUUAUACUGCUUGAUACACAGCCUGUUUUUAGCCCCUCGGUUUUGGCUGAAAUGAUUAGACCAGAUGGCUCAUCCACCAUACCCAUAAUAAGCGGUGAGUCUUUAUCAGCUGAGCUAGCUCAUGAACUAUUGAGCAUCCAGCUUGGUGUUCUUCUGGCAUCCAUUUGUCACAUUAUAUUGGUGGUAUCAGAGGGAGUCCAUGAUGCUAGCAUGUGGCAACUCAUGUCAACGGUUGAUUUGCUAAAGCAUGGCAUACCUGAUCCAUCUUCUUUGACCCUUUCUCAUCCUCAAAGCUCGGAGAAAGAAAACAGAGACAAAAUUCUAGAUAAUGGAGGAGAGUACAUGGCUGAUCCAGUUUUUGUGCAUUCAAAGCUAUGCACUGAAGAUCUAGCACCAUGUAACCUUGUUCAACUGAAGAAGGCACUCACACAAUUCUUUUGCUCGUCAUCCUUUAUGAGAUCAGAAAACCACAACACUGCCAAAGAGAGUCAAGUUUCUGCUGUUUCUUCCAACGUUCAUAGUACUGGUCGAGAAUCUGAAUUUUUAAAAUUAUUUGUAAUUCCAUCUAGAAAUAAGGAUGAUUCCUUGAAGCCACAGUAUGAAAGCCACAUUUCUGCAUUAUGGAAUUUGCGGGAUCAGGUUUUGUCGACGACAGGUCCGUCUUUCUCAAGGACUGUGUCCGAGCGUGAUUGGGUGAAAAAUUCUGCCAAGAUAUGGGAAAUUAUUAGGAAUUCUUCCAUUAUUGUGGACUAUUGCAGAACUCUUCAAAGUUCAGGCAUGUUUAGGAGGUAAUAGCUUUUAAUUAUUCUCUGUUUAUCUGGGGCGUUGAACAAAGGUCCUAAAUUAUGAAAGAUCUUCUGGACUCUUUUUGCAUACUCUAUUACAAGUCCCACAGAGACUUGAAAUUUUAAAAUAUCAGAAGCUGUGCAAUUUCCCACCUAAUGUUUUAGAUUUUGAUCUGUAAAAUAUAUUACACACUGACUAAUUUAGGCUCCCCAUAUGCUAUAUAUCGUUUUGUAGCCCUUCACUGUUGCCACUUUAUGGUUCCCAAGUUUAUGACAUUAUAAACGUUGAUGUAUGUAUCUAGUUAAAUAUACUUUCAUUCUUUUAGUAUA